AUGAUAAGAGAACUAGAGAUAAAAUAUUCUAUUGAAGGAAAUGAUUAUGCUGAAUUAGCUUGUUUGAAUUAAAAAUGCAGAGCUAAUAGAAUUUAUUGUCAUCAAUGUGUUAAGAAUUUUGGUAAUGUAGAAGGUUAAAAGAAUUUAAAAGAAUAAAUUGAGUAAAUUGAGAAAGAUAGUGAAAGUUAAAUAUCAUCGUUAAGAUUGAUGGUUAAUAAAAUACUACAAUUAUUUAAAGAAUUAAAUUUGAAACUCAAAUAUGAAUUAUCUAUGAAGAAUCUGUCAUAGUUAAAUACAAAACAAUUAGAAUAAGUUUUAAAUUAAGUAAUCAAAUAUGAGGAAAUUAAAACUGAUUUAUUCUAGGAAGUAAAAACAUUUUCAGAUAGUAUGACUGCCAAAUUAAAAAGAAACAUUAUAGAAUUAAAAGUAGAUGAACUUAAGUAAUCAGAAUUAAAUUAAUAAGAAUAGGUAGAAGUAGAAUAGUUAUAUUAAAAAGGUAACUAGAUAAUUAAUUUAGGAUUUAAAUUAUAUUACUACGAUCAUAAUUAUGAAGAAGCUAUAAAAAUAUUAGACUUUGCAUUACUCAUUAAUCCUAAACAUCUCAAUUCAAUAUAUACAAAAGGUACAUAAAUCUUAUAUUAUUUAAAUAGCUGAUUGUUUAAGAAUGAUUGAUAAUCACAAUGAUGCAAUUAUAUGGGCUGAUAAAGCUUUGUCUAUUAAUUCAAAGCAUGUUGAUUCAUUAUAAACAAAAGGUAAUUUAACUUUUUGUAUUUAGGUGAAUCAUUAAGAAUUUUGGGUAAAUAUAACGAAGCUAUUGAGAUUUUAGAUAAAGCAUUGAAUUCUAAUCCAAAUCAUGAGUUUUCUUUAGCCAACAAAGGUUAAUUAAAUUUUAAUUUUAAAUAGGAGCUUGUUUACAAUCAUUAUCAAAGUAUUCAGAAGCUCUUGUUUAUUACAAUAAGGUUAUUCAAAUCAAUCCAAAUUAUUUAUGGGUUAAAAAUAAAAAAUGUAUAUUCUUAUUGAUAUAAAUAGCUGAAUGUGAGAAACUACUAAAAAUUAAAUCAUAGAUUGAAUGA